AUGUGUGUGUGGAACACUCGCGCGCGCGGAUACAAGACCCCCCCCAAAAAAAGAUUGAAGCACAAAAACCAAUCCGAAUCCGUGAGCAUAUUCUCCGGCCAGAAUGGAGCGUCGAAACAUGUUGCCGUUAUCCCUCUUGCAGAUACCGUAAACCCAGAUGCAGCCAUCAGGAGUUUAAACGAGAGUCUCGAUAUCCCGGAAACAGAUAUUCAAGGGCGCAUGUACCGCGUUCGCAUAGAGAGAUUUAAGCAAAAUGUCUUGUACAUUCCUACAAUGAAGGAUUUGAUAAGCGCACUGGACACAUGUCGCUUGGCAGAUUUUGUCAUUUUUAUUCUGCCCGCAGACAAUAAACUAGACGAAGGGGCUAAAUUAAUGCUGCGUGCGAUUGAAGGUCAAGGGAUAUCCAAUGUGCUUGCAGUAGUACAAGGGCUUGAGAAAAUCACGCCUCCCAAAAAGCGCCAGCAAUUUACUGCUUCACUCAAGUCUUUCAUCGCCCAUUUCUUUCCCACACUAGACAAGGUGCAUUCUUUGGAUUCAAGGCAGGAAUGUUCCAACAUAGUUCGGGGGAUAUGUACAGCAACACCUAAGGGUAUUCGUUGGCGGGAUGACAGAAGUUGGAUGCUAAUUGAGUCUGUACUAUGGCCCGAAUCAUCGUCUGAGUCGUCUGGUGAGGUUAUAGUAACCGGCGUUGUACGGGGUAGAGGCUUAAAAGCUGACCGCUUGGUCCAUAUACCCACCUGGGGCGAUUAUAAGAUCACAUCCAUCACCGCUGCGCCAUCGCUGUCACUUAAGCAAAGGGAAGCGGAUGGUGGUAUGAGCAUCGACAACACAGUGAAACAGCAAGUUCUGGAUCAGCCAAGUGUUGAUUGCGACGACAUGGCUACCGUCGCACCUGAGGAGGUCGUUAUGAUGGAUGAUACUAUUUCUAUGGCUGAAAAUGAAAAGAAAGGGGUACUGCUUGAUGAUCACCAUUACUUCUCGGAUGGCGAUGACAAGCAUUCAUCGCGUCCGAGACGUCUGCCGAAGGGCACGUCUGAUUACCAGGCGGCAUGGUACCUUGAUGACGUCUCUGACUCCGGUUCUGACCUGGUCGAUGAAAUGGAUGAUAUCGAUGAGGGUAUGGAUUUGGAUACUCCAGCUGGUCCAGAAGAUGGCUUUUUCAACCCGGACAAUAGAGACACCAUGACUGAAGCUGGCCCUUCCGAAUAUCCACAGUCUGAGAUGUUUCUCGACCCAUCACCUGAGGACGAAGCGCAACAAAUAGAAGAAUAUCGCGCAAGCCGGAAGAAUGAGGCAAAAGAUGAUUUGGAAUUCCCCGAUGAGAUUGAACUUCAUCCAUCUACCGUUGCAAGAGAAAGACUAGCAAGAUAUAGAGGACUCAAAAGCCUUAAAAUGAGUAGAUGGGAAGUGGAGGAAGACAGGGCGCAUGAGCCUGAAGACUGGAAUCGUCUUCUACAGGUCGUAGACUACAAGGGUUCCAAAAACCAAUGUCUUCGGGAAGCACUCGUCGGUGGUGUCAAGGCCGGUACCCGUGUUAAUGUUCAUCUCAGCGACGUGCCUCUCCACUUAAAGUCACUCCCUUCACAACCAACCUCUCUUUUCUCGCUCCUCCGACACGAACACAAACUGGCAGUCGUCAACAUCAACAUGAGCCUUAGCUCCACUGUCGAAGAACCUCUCAAAUCUAAGGAAGAACUAAUCAUACAAUGCGGACCCCGCCGCCUGGUCAUUAAGCCAAUCUUCUCUGCCGCCGGAAACACUCCCAAUAACGUCCACAAGUUCGACCGAUAUUUGCAUCCAGGCCGCAGCGCCGUAGCAACAUUCAUCGGCCCCGUCUCCUGGGGUUCGAUACCCGUCUUAGUAUUUAAGAAGACAGCGACCGCGGCCACGGAUGCUGAAGCCAUGGAUCCAAGCACGGAUAAUAGUGGCAACACCCUCCCUGUCACAUCAUCCUCCAAUGAGCUCGAGAACUGGGAACUCAUCGGCUCCGGCACGACUAUUGCACCUGACCAUUCGCGGGUCGUUGCCAAGCGCGUCAUCCUGACCGGCCACCCGUACAAGAUCCACAAGAAGGUCGUCACGGUGCGGUACAUGUUCUUCAACGCGGAGGACGUGAAUUGGUUCAAAGCUCUACAGCUGUGGACGAAGCGGGGCCGCAGCGGGUAUAUCAAGGAGAGUUUGGGGACCCAUGGGUAUUUUAAGGCGACGUUUGAUGCGAAGAUUAAUCCGCAGGAUGCUAUUGGGAUUAGCUUGUAUAAACGUGUUUUCCCUCGAAAGGCUGUUGCGUGGGGGGAGGAGGUGCAUUGA